GAGUGUCAGAAAAAGAACAAGCUUAAAGAAAGACCAGCUGUUAAACGACCUACCUGCCUAUUUAUUUAUUUAUUUAUUUUUGUUACUUUUUUUUUGGCCUAUUCAAAGAGACCCAAAGAUGAUGCGUGUACCCGAGCUUCAGAGUCACAAGAACUCUCUGUUCACGGCGAUGAACCGCUUCAUCUGCGCCGUCAACAACAUGGACGAAACAGUGAUGGUGCCGAGUCUGCUGCGCGACGUGCCGCACGCGAGCGCCGCCGAGCCCGGGGAGUACCUGCGCGCCGCCGAGGCUGACAUGUACACCCACUACACGCAGCUAAAAAGCAUCCGCAACGAGAUCGAGUGGGGAGCCGUGCUGCGGGCCGAGGAGCAGCAGAGAGCCGCCGAGAAGGCAUCCGAGCCCGGGGUGAGUGAGCAGGCUGAGCUGGAGCACCUGCUGCGUUUCCAUCUGAAGGGGCUGUAUGGGGUACUGACCAAACUCACCAGCCACGCCAACCAGCUGACCGACCGCUACAAGGAGGAAAUCGGCAUAGCUGGAUGGGGACAGUGACACCUGGACGAAUAGGGACAGUGACAGCUGGAUUGCGCACGAACCAAGACUCAAAAUAUUCUUCGGCUUUGAAAGUAUUUCCUUUUGAUUGAGUUUACUGACUAUACCUGAUGCCGAAUGUCAAGCUGCCAACCUAUCUGCACAAGUCCUACCUCCUCACAUCACCUUGUCUUAUGAGCUACACAGUAUACCGUAUUGUAUUACAUGUACUGUACGUAUUGUUAUCAUUUGAUGCAAAAAGUGCAUAUGCAGAGGACUAAUCUAGUCUCAUGAUGCAAUGUCUCUUUAACAUCAUCUUUCCUUUCAGAAAGUUUUAAAAGCUGAACAUAUUUAUUUCUGUUGUUACUGUUUUUU